UUUUCGGACAGGAGUCACUCCGUUCAGUUACCGCGCAACCCGCAAGUUCACAGAGCAUGGAAAGAGGAUACCAGAGCCCGAAGUUUUCCCGCAAGAGCUUUAAGGCAUCCUAGGACCUGCCCCCCCACCCACCGAGGCUCUCCCACUGUGAUAAACGAGAUUCGAGGACUAUUUAGUUAGUGAAUUAUCAGUUCAGUUCCAAAAAGGAUUCAAUCAGCAAAAAAGAUGCUGCUCAACGUUCUGCAAUCGGGCAUCUUCAUGCCGCAAUACCGUCGUCAAGUGCUGGUCUCUUUGAGUGCCACGCUGAUAACCUUCUGCCACGGCAUCGCCCUGGGAUGGCUGUCGCCCAUGCUGCCCAAGCUGCUGUCCCCCGCGGAGACGCCCCUCACCUUCUCCAUCGACGUGGGCGAGGCCUCCUGGCUGGGAGCCGUCAUCAGCAUCGGCGGGAUUAGCGGGAACUUCUCCUUCUCCUUCCUGAUGAAUCGCUUCGGGCGGAAGGUGUCCAUCUACGCCCUGGCUGUUCCGCACACGUGCAUCUGGUUCCUCUUCUACUUCGCGUCGAGCAUCGAGAUGCUCUACGUGGCGAGGGUUUGCGCCGGGCUAACUGGCGGUGGAAUGUUUGUGGUGCUGCCCAUUUUCAUUGGCGAAAUCGCAGACAAAAGCAUUCGGGGUCGCCUGUGCUCGCUCUUCACCCUCACCAUGAACACGGGCAUCCUGGUGGGCUUCGUGGUGUCCUCGCACGUGGCCUACCACGUGAUCCCCUGCGCCGUGGUGGGCCUCCCGCUGCUCUACGUCUUCCUGGCCACCCGGUACCCUGAGCCGCCGCAGCAGCUGAUCCGCUGGCACCGCGAGGAGGAGGCCGAGCGCUCCCUGAGGUUCUACCGGCGGUGCGACGGACCCUCGGUCGCCAAGGAGGAGGAGCGGGCCUACCAGAAGGAGUUCGACGAGAUGCGCCUGGCCAUCCAGCAGCAGGACAAGGACUCCGACGACAAGGGGCUCUCCCUCUCCGAGUUCCUUACCAAGCGCUCCCUGAAGGCCUUGGCCACUGGGCUUGUGCUGAUGGUGGCCAACAUCUUCACGGGCACCUUCGCCUUCAACAACUACAUGUCCAACAUCUUCGACGCGGUGCACACCAAGCUGGACCCCAACACGAACACCAUCAUCAUCGGAGCUGUUCAGAUCCUGGGCACCUUGGCCAGCAUUUACCUGGUGGACCGCUACGGCCGGAAGAUCCUGCUGGUGGUGUCCUGCGCGGGCAGCGGGAUCGGAACCUCUGCCUUUGGAUUGUACGCCUUCUACGCGGAGGAGGAGAAGCUGGACCUGUCGGCCUACUCCGCCUGGCUGCCGGUCACCCUGAUGGCCUUCAUCAUCUUCAUAGCGAACGUGGGCGUCAUCUCGGUGACCAUGGUGGUGCUGGUGGAGAUCCUGCCGCACAGAAUCCGCGCGGUGGCCACCAGCUUCUGCCUUGGCUGCCUCAGCUUCUUCGCCUUCACCUCGCUGAAGACCUUUCCCCUGAUGAUGUUCCACCUGGGACUGGCGGCCACCAUGUGGUUCUGCGGCGCCGUCAGCGCCAUCUGCCUCUUCUACGUGGUCGUCUGCCUGGAGGAGACCAAAGGUCGCUCCAUUUAUGAGUAAUCCGCGCCAGAAUAAACUAUAGAUACCUUCCACCUA